CGGAACUACGGUGGGCCCGGGAGGGGGCGUCGAGCCCGGUGCGCCAUAUCCCUCCGCCCCCUUCCCGACACCCUCGAGGCGAGCUGUGCCUGCCGCAUCCUGCGCAGCAGCCCCUGCCCGUUUGGUGCAGAGGCGUGGGGGCGGGACGCGUCUCUGCCAUCACACUCGCGCGCAAAGCCCAGGGAGAGGAGCUGCGGAGGACGGAGCCCAGCCAGGAGCGGACGGGGACGCGGGGCAGCCCGGGGACCUGGGCCGUGCGCCUGGCCAGGCAAGUGGGGGUGUGUCGAGGGCUCGGGGCGGCCUCGCACUGCGGACCCUCGCCCGGCCCUGACAGGGAGUGCAGCAGUGGGGGCGACCGGGGCUUCCUGGAGUGGUGCGCGGUUCCCGGAGAUCCCAGGCGGUGAGGGGCAAGCGGGGUCCCGGGUCGGGUCUCAGGCACAGGGCUGUGAGCGUUUGGAGGCCUGCGGAGCAGAUGACUGGACAGCAGGCUGUUCCCCACCCUUUUUGGUAUCUGGGCCCUGCGAAGGUUGUGGGGGAGGCGCCUGCGGGAGAAAUGGCGGCGCGGGAGCUGGGGAGUGUGGUGCCCCUUGGAGGUCUCCGUCCGUGGAUUGGGGGCAGGUGUCUAACUCUGGGGGUAGCUUAAUUUUUCGGUGGUGAGUAGCCUUGCUACUUGGGCCUUAUUCCAGAAGGAGGCCCUUGUGUCCUGCGUCGUGGGUGCUGUCUCUUCCCACAGGCUUCUGCUUGGUGGCAAAGUCUCCUGUCUGAGUCGUAGGAGUGGUGCAUUCUGGGGAAGGGGAAACAUAAUUAGAGGGACUAUUAUGUAUUAUGAAGGCACCAGAACAUAAGAAUGAAAUGUUCGUUUGCCUUCAAUACAGGAUUGUUUUAUUCCCUUCUAUAUGUAGAAUCGUGUGCUUAAUUUACUGCAAGCAAAUGGUCAUGAUAAGGAGUUGGUCAUAUUACAGAACUCCUGGCUAUAUAAAUAUUGUGAUAUUAACCUAUCUUUUAUACUCAGGGUCCAUUUUCUCAGCAUUCUGUUUCACUCUGAACAUUUUUUGACAUGUUCGAAUGGAAGUUAACGUAAAGGAGAAGUUUUUGUGCAGGUUGACUCUUCUCCAGCCAGAGAACCCUUCUUUAUUGGGAAGGAUAGUGUCUCCCGUGGAUCCUGCUCUUUGAUGAGUCUGGCAUUGUUAGCACCUGAGCUCUGCCUGUGAAGUCAUUUGGGUGGCUUUUCAACAGUAAAAGUGAGGAAGGAGGAAACAAUCACGUCACAUCAGCGCACGUUGGUGUGAGGCCUUUCUGAAGACAUAGUAGUUCCUGGUGGUGUCUCGCCAGUGGUAGCCUUGGAUUGGCAGAAGAUUGCUUUCACCGGGUCUGAUUUGGAAAUCAUCUUCCUAACCUGAGUGUCUUUACUCUGUCCCUGUCAUUGACAGAGACUGUGUGUCAAAGAAAGGGAAUUCUGUAACUGCUAAACUGACAGUUGUCUUUGACCUCUUUCGAGAUACUAGCCUGGACCAAACAGAGAACUAAGGUUAAGACGGGCCAGGUGUCUAUAGCUGUGCUUCAACCAUGACGGGUUCAAAGAAUAAGGCUAGAGCACAGGCUAAACUAGACAAAAGGGCAAGUGCACAAGCCAGAGCUUUAGCAGAGAGGGAGGCUGCUAAUGCAGGCAGAGCUGGAGGCAAACACAGGGACAAAGCAAAAGCUAGGGCGGGAGGUAAAACAGAUGCCCAGGCAGAGAUGAAGGCAGGGUAUAAGGGCAAAGCAGCUGCUGAGAUGAAGGAAGGGAUGAGGUCGGAAUUUAAGGCUCAAGGAAAAGAUUUCAACCAUAAGGCUGAGUACAAGGGUGCUAAAUCUACACGUAAAGAGAAGGCUGCUAGUGAUACCUGGUUCUGGGCUGGGGAAGAUUCUGGUAUCAAUUCCUGGUUCUGGAAGGGAGAAGAAGUUAGUUAUAGUUCUGUUGCUAAGUGUGAAAAUAAAACUAACACUGGUACCCAGGGCCGCACUGAGGAGUCAGAGCCUACACAUAGGGCCAGCCACAGGUCUAGGUCAGGGGCUGAGGAGGAGGAGGAAGAAAAUGUUAUUGGGAACUGGUUUUGGGAAGGAGAUGACACUAGUUUUGAUCCUGAUCCUAAACCUGUGUUCAGAAUAGUUAAACCUCAACCAGUGGAUGAAAUUAAUGAGAAAAAUAGGCCAAAGGACUGGUCUGAGGUUACCAUUUGGCCCAAAGCACCUGCUGUAACUCCAGCAGUGUUAGGUUAUAGGUCUCAGGACUCAUCUGAGUCAAGGCCUUCUUCAUAUAUUGUUCUGGCCUCAAAUGAAGAAGAAACUUCAACAACAGCCUCUACUAAGAAUGCUCGAUCAAACCAGCAGCCUAUACCCGAGUAUCCAUUUGGUUCUGAUCCUUGCAUCCAGACGUUAGAUGAGAUUAGACAACAAAUCAAGAUCAGAGAAAUGAAUGGCAUCAAGCCCUUUGCUUGCCCUUGCAAAAUGGAGUGUUAUUUGGAUUCUCCAGAAUUUGAAAAGCUUGUUAACAUACUUAAGUCAACUACCGAUCCCCUCAUUCAUAAAAUAGCACAGAUAGCAAUGGGUAUACAUAAAGUUCAUCCAUUUGCCCGGGAAUUCAUUAAUGAAGUGGGUGUGGUGACACUUAUUGAAAGCCUGCUCAGUUUUUCUUCCCCUGAAACUAGAAAAAAGACUGUUAUUACUAUGAAUUCUUCCGGGGAUGAAAGACAGCACAAAGUUGAAUUUCAUGUUAAGCAUAUGUGUAAAGAAACGGUGUCUUUCCCCUUAAACUCACCUGGCCAGCAAUCCGGAUUGAAGAUAAUAGCACAGCUAACUACUGAGUCUGUCCAUCACUACAUUGUAGCUAGUUACUUUUCAGAGUUUUUUCAUUUGCUGUCCCAGGGAAAUCGUAAGACUAGAAAUCUUGUUUUGAAAGUAUUUUUGAAUAUGUCCGAAAAUCCAAAGGCAGCCAGAGAUAUGAUCAAUAUGAAGGCAUUAGCAGCAUUAAAACUCAUCUUUAACCAAAAAGAGGCAAAAGCAAAUCUUGUUAGUGCUGUGGCCAUCUUCAUUAACAUAAAGGAGCAUAUUAGAAAGGGUUCAAUUGUAGUAGUUGAUCACUUGAGUUACAGUACACUUACUGCCAUAUUCCGUGAAGUUAAAGGGAUUAUUGAAAGAAUGUAAAAUGAUCCAGAAAUGAAAGAGAACACUGAACAGUGUCCAAAUUCUGAUUGGCUAUACAUUCCCAAAGAGUUUUGCAUACAAUUUUGGUAAUAACUGCUCACACAUUUUGUCUUAACAUCUUUUACAAAUUAUUACCUGUGGCAGGUUCUAGCUCAAAUCUAAAACAUUUUUGGUGUAUCAAAUGAAUAUUAAAUAUUGAGAUAAACAAGUUGUUGAUUUCUAUCUUAUUUAGAUUAGCAGAUUUUUAACAUAAUUUUACUUAAGAAAAUUGUGAUCUAGCUGUCAGAAGUACAGUGUCCUGAUGAUUGAUAUCUGCUUAGAUCUGUUUGUGGCUCCAGAUAGCAUAAAAGAAACUACUGGUAUUGUAAUCUAGUUACAAAAAUAAGAUGUACAAAAAUAAAAAUAACUGAUGGUACCUA